CUACCUAUAAUAGAAUGCCACUUUAAAACAGAUAUGCGACUCAUAAUACCCAAGACUCAAAGCAACCUUCAUGUCUUGAAGAUCAAAGUUGCGAACAAGACACUUCUUUUGAAUAGUGUGUCAUCCUAAGGAACUCACACAAACUUUGGGGAAGUAAAUAUACCAAGAAACUGGAAGUAUCUAUGUGUAAAUUUUGAACAGUAUUUUCUGAUGCUUCUAAGAAGGCUUAUAUUAUACCAUAUGUUCCUGAUUUGCUGUCAUGAUCCCUGGAGAUUGUACACAGAUCAGGGAUGUAAAAUGCAGGAAGCACGUCUUAUCUUAAAAACAAUAAAUAACAGCAAAAUAGGUAUUUAUUUUUCAGAAGUAAAGAGCAAUUUUUUUUUCUACCACUGCUUUGUUUAAUUCUUGUUUAAAACAAUCUGUUACGUUAUGAGCAUGACUUUUGAGAAAAAAUUAUUUUUAACGAUAUACUAAAACAAGAUAUUCUUUAUCUUCAAGGCUUCCAGUAUUGAGAACAAACAAGACUGGAUCAAACAUAUCAGAGAAGUAAUACAGGAAAGAACAAUUCAUCUCAAAGGGGCCUUAAAAGAGCCUAUUCACAUUCCUAAAACUGCAUCAACUACAAAACAAAAGGGAAGAAGGGAUGGAGACGAUCUGGAUAGUCAAGGAGAGGGAAGCAGUCAACCUGACACUAUUUCAAUCGCAUCACGAACCUCCCAAAAUACAUUGGAUAGUGAUAAGUUAUCUGGUGGUUGUGAGCUGACAGUGGUCAUCCAUGACUUUACAGCAUGCAACAGCAAUGAACUCACAAUCCGUCGUGGUCAGACAGUAGAAGUGCUGGAGAGACCUCAUGAUAAACCUGACUGGUGUCUGGUACGGACUACUGACCGAUCCCCAGCUGCGGAAGGACUCGUUCCCUGUGGUUCUCUCUGCAUUGCGCAUUCUAGGAGUAGUAUGGAGAUGGAAGGCAUCUUUAACCACAAAGGCAUCUUCUCGUUUGUUGGUACGUCCUACCAGCUCGGAAACCCCAAGUGCAGCAGAGCUGGUCAGCGCCAUAGAAGAGCUUGUAAAAAGCAAAAUGGUAUGUCCUACAGGAAUUAGUGGAGACAGAACGAGAUUAUGUGAGAGAUCUUGGCUAUGUAGUAGAGGGUUAUAUGGCACUUAUGAAAGAAGACGGUGUUCCUGAUGACAUGAAAGGAAAAGACAAAAUUGUGUUUGGCAACAUUCAUCAAAUAUAUGACUGGCACCGAGAGUAUGUAUGGUUUUUAUUUCUGAGUAAAUUUCAUACUGUGUUUAACCUUUUUACUUUAUAUAUUUUUUCUGCACUACACAUUUAUCGUUCUUUCCUUUCAUUCCAGGAGAGAAGAUUGCACAUGUAUAUAGUUUAUUGCCAAAAUAAACCAAAGUCUGAGCAUAUUGUCUCAGAAUACAUUGAUACAUUUUUUGAGGACCUGAAGCAACGUUUGGGUCAUAGACUUCAGCUCACAGAUUUGCUGAUCAAACCAGUGCAAAGAAUUAUGAAGUAUCAGUUGUUACUAAAGGAUUUCCUCAAAUACUCUAAAAAAGCUAAUCUUGAUACAACAGAAUUAGAGCAAAUGCAAAUUCGAAUAGCUUAA